CUUUUGGAAGAGGAGGAAGAGGUGGUGUCGGGGAGGGGGGAUCUCUUUCCCCGUUUGGAGAUGAUUGUGCUAUUCCUCUUUGCCUUGCUCUGGAUGGUGGAGGGGGCCCUUUGCCAACUCCAUUACACGGUGCAGGAAGAGCAGGAGCAUGGCACGUUCGUGGGGAAUAUCGCCGAGGACCUGGGCUUGGACAUUACAAAACUUUCGGCUCGGCGCUUCCAGACGGCGCCCAACUCCCGCAGCCCUUACCUGGAGCUCAACCUGGAAACCGGGGUGCUCUACGUGAACGAGAAGAUCGACCGGGAGCAGAUCUGUAAGCAGAGCCCCUCCUGCCUGCUGCACCUGGAGGUCUUCCUGGAGAACCCCCUCGAGCUGUUCCGGGUGGAGAUCGAGGUGCUGGACAUCAACGACAACCCGCCCUCCUUCCCGGAGCCCGACCUCACCGUGGAGAUCUCGGAGAGCGCCACACCGGGCACCCGCUUCCCCCUGGAGAGCGCCUUCGACCCCGACGUGGGCACCAACUCCCUGCGCACCUACGAGAUCACUCCCAACAGCUACUUCUCCCUCGACGUGCAGACGCAAGGGGACGGCAACCGCUUCGCCGAGCUGGUGCUGGACCAGCCGCUGGACCGGGAGCAGCAGGCGGUGCACCGCUACGUGCUGACGGCGGUGGACGGCGGGCAGCCCCAGCAGCGCACCGGCACCGCCCUGCUCACCGUCAGGGUGCUGGACUCCAACGACAACGUCCCCGCCUUCGAGCAGCCCGUCUACACCGUGUCGCUGCCGGAGAACUCCCCGCCGGGCACCCUGGUGCUGCAACUCAACGCCACGGACCCCGACGAGGGCCAGAACGGCGAAGUCAUCUACUCCUUCAGCAGCCACAUCUCGGCCCGCGCCCGGGAGCUCUUCGGCAUCGCGCCGCGCACCGGGAGGCUGGAGGUGAGCGGUGAGCUGGACUACGAGGAGAGCAGCGUGUACCAGGUGUAUGUGCAAGCCAAGGACCUGGGGCCCAACGCCGUUCCGGCCCACUGCAAGGUGCUGGUGCGGGUGCUGGACGCCAACGAUAACGCGCCCGAGAUCAGCUUCUCCACCGUCAAGGAGGCGGUGAGCGAGGCGGCGGCGCCGGGCACCGUGGUGGCCCUUUUCAGCGUCUCGGACCGCGACUCGGAGGAGAACGGGCAGGUGCAGUGCGAGCUGCUGCAGGGCGAUGCGCCCUUCCGCCUCAAGAGCUCCUUCAAAAACUACUACACCAUCGUCACCGAGGGGCCGCUGGACCGCGAGCAGCCGGGCGGCGACGCCUACACCCUCACGGUGGUGGCCCGGGACCGCGGCGAGCCGCCGCUCAGCACCAGCAAGUCCAUCCAGGUGCGGGUGAGCGACGUGAACGACAACGCGCCGCGCUUCAGCCAGCCCGUGUACCAGGUGUACGUGAGCGAGAACAACGUGCCCGGUGCCUACAUCUACGCCGUCAGCGCCACCGACCGCGACCAGGGCGCCAACGCCAGGCUCGCCUACUCCAUCCUGGAGAGCCAGAUCCAGGGCAUGUCCGUCUUCACCUACGUCUCCAUCAACUCCGAGAACGGCUUCCUCUACGCCCUCCGCUCCUUCGACUAUGAGCAGCUCAAGGAGUUCAGCUUCCAAGUGGAGGCCCGGGACGCCGGCGAGGAGCCGCAGCCGCUGGCCGGCAACGCCACGGUCCACAUCAUCGUGGUGGACCAGAACGACAACGCCCCCGCCAUCGUCAGCCCCCUGCCCGGCCGCAAUGGCACCCCGGCGCGGGAGGCGCUGCCCCGCGGCGCCGAGCCGGGAUACCUGGUGAGCCGAGUGGCGGCGGUGGACGCGGACGACGGGGAGAACGCCCGCCUCACCUACAGCAUCGCGCGGGGCAACGAGGCCGGGCUGUUCCGCAUGGACUGGCGCUCCGGGGAGCUGCGGACGGCCCGCAGGGUUCCGGCCAAGCGCGACCCGCAGCGCCCCUACGAGCUGGUCAUCGAGGUGCGCGACCACGGGCAGCCGCCGCUCUCCUCCACCGCCGCCGUCCAGAUUGUGCUGGUGGACGGGGCGGGCGAGCGGCCCGGCGGCGGCGGCCCGGGCGCGGGGACGGGAGCGGGGGGCGGUGGCGGCGGCGGCUCUGGAGAGCAUCGCCCCAGCCGCUCCGGGGGGGAUACCUCGCUUGACCUCACCCUUAUCCUCAUCAUCGCCCUGGGCUCCGUCUCCUUUAUCUUCCUGCUGGCCAUGAUCGUCCUGGCCGUGCGCUGCCAGAAGGAGAAGAAGCUCAAUAUCUACACUUGCCUGGCCAGCGACUGCUGCUUGGGCUGCUGCUGCUGCUGCCCUUGCUGCAGCCGGCAGGCGCGGGCCCGCAAGAAGAAGCUCAGCAAGUCGGACAUCAUGCUGGUUCAGAGCUCCAACGUGCCCAGUAACCCGGCGCAGGUGCCGGUGGAGGAGUCGGGCAGCUUCGGCUCCCAUCACCACAACCAGAACUACUGCUACCAGGUCUGCCUCACCCCUGAGUCCGCCAAGACCGACUUGAUGUUCCUCAAGCCCUGCAGCCCCUCUCGCAGCACCGACGCCGAGCACAACCCCUGCGGGGCCAUCGUCACAGGCUACGCCGACCAGCAGCCCGACAUCAUCUCCAACGGCAGCAUCUUGUCUAGCGAGACGAAACAUCAGCGUGCUGAGCUCAGUUAUCUAGUUGACAGACCCCGACGAGUAAACAGUUCUGCAUUCCAGGAAGCAGACAUAGUAAGCUCUAAGGACAGUGGUCAUGGAGACAGUGAGCAAGGAGACAGUGAUCAUGAUGCCACUAAUCGAGGUCAAUCCUCUGGCAUGGAUCUCUUCUCCAAUUGCACGGAGGAAUGUAAAGCACUGGGCCACUCAGAUCGGUGCUGGAUGCCUUCCUUUGUCCCAUCUGAUGGACGCCAAGCUGCAGAUUACCGCAGCAAUCUGCACGUACCUGGCAUGGACUCCGUUCCAGACACUGAAGUGUUUGAAACACCAGAAGCCCAGCCGGGGGCAGAAAGGUCCUUCUCCACCUUUGGCAAAGAGAAGGCCCUUCACAACAGUCUGGAGAGGAAGGAGUUGGAUGGACUGCUGUCUAAUACACGAGCGCCUUACAAACCACCAUAUUUGAAACAUGGGUGGCAGCAGAGUAAUCCCCAUCCUACAUCCCCCAGCCCCAGCCCCAGCCGUGUGUCUCACCCUUUACCUGGAUGCACCGCUACGAAGGCACUUGCCAUCUCUGGAUCUCAAAGUGGAUUAUAAAGAAUAGUGAUUUAAACCUUCCUGCACCUCUAGGAGAUAGCACGGAAAAGGAUAUGCUAGUCACUUCUACAGGACUUACCUGAAGCAGCAUGAUUUGCACAAAAGUCGACCAACAAAAAGCAUCAACUUUCAACUUCAUUAUCUUGGCCAUCCAGUUCUGUGUAACUGAAGGAUUUGUGUGCUGUUGGAGACAUCAUGGCCAACAAUAGGACCUAAUUGCUCUCAGCAGGCCUGAGAAAUGAGUUGAAAUGUGUAGAACUGUAGAAACUUAAGAGGCAACUGAUCUUGCCUCUCUGAUCAGUGUGUGCCUGUUUACAGCACUAUAUAUCUUUCUCUCUCCAAAAUGUCACUGAGCCCUUUAGAUGUUUAUAUUCACCACAAGAAGCCAAUCGUACAGAUAAAAGAGAUGUGCAUUAUAAAUGCAAUAUCACUGUUUUAAACUUGACUGUUUUAUAUUAUUUUUGUGUGAUCAAGUGUUCCCCAAACUAUUCCAACUUUACAAGAGAGAUUGUGAUCAUGUUCUUUUCACGUGUGGGUCAUAAAAAUGUUGUUAAUCUGAAGACCCACAAAAUUAUCAAAGACAUUCUGUAGUUUAUACACCGUGUUGCAAAGUGUUUACUGUACUAUUUCAAAGCUUCUAAAUAAAUAUAAAAUAUAUAUAUAUUAUAUUAUAUAUAAUUUUCCGAAGAACGUGGUACAACUUAGUUGAUUUUUAAAUGGAUUCAUACAGUCUACACCAUACACUAAAGUGAGAAGAUAAUUCAGGGUUCCUAAGCUAUCCUUGCUAAAAACAAAAAUAAAAUAAACCUUUAAUAGUACUUCCCCAAUAUUCGUAUUUUGGUCAAUCCUGUUUUUCUUGUUAAAAAAAAAAAAAAAGCUGUAAGCAACAACAUUUUGUCUAAAAAUUGUAAUGAAUUUUCAAUGCCAAAGAUGCAGCUGUCAAUAUUACCCGAAUGAGCGUUAUGUACUAUCAGAGGUAUAAAUCACUCUCCAUUAUUUUGAUUAUGUUUCUAUGGUUUUUAAUUUAGAAUCACAAAAUCUUUUUCAAGGCUCUAUAAAUUCACCUGUAUAUGUUGUUAAAAAGAACACUGGGUGUCUGUACAUUUUGCAAUGUAAGAUAUAAUGUAAGUGAAGUUAAGUAUUUUAAGAAUAUCAUCCCAAGCUCAUAAAUACGCAUACAUACAUACAUACAUACAUACACACACACAAACACCCACACAUCUCUCUUUGACAUAGUUUUGUGAAACUAUACAAAUAUAUUGCCUAAAAAUAUUUCUCUUGUGGCUAGGAAUAGUUGUUGAUAGAAUUGAAAUUACAAAGGCAAAGUAUUUGCCAAACUAUUGACUCUUUUAUCACAAAGGAGAUUUCCAAUUAGGAACAUGGCACAUUCUCAGCUGACCCCUCUCCCAUUGGAGUAAAAAUGGUGUUGGCCACCAUCUUUGUUGGGAAAAGGAUUAAACCCUUGCAUAUAAUCUUUAUGUUCUGUAAUAAUUCUGUGGUCUGAAACAGUAUCUUAGAGCGUUUCUUUUUUAUGAAAUAUUGAAAAAAAGUAAAAUUUCAAAGGUAAAGUUUAAAAUUACUUUCAUGUCCAUGGCGUUUAAGUACCAUUUACUAAAUGUAAAAAUCUAGUAAAAUGUUUUUUUCUUUUUUUUUUUUGUAUUGUGUUUUUUUCCCCCCACCGUAUCUUCGUAUGUCAAAUAUUGAAAACAAAUGAGAGCACACUAUGUCAUCAACCAAUGUUUAGCCAAAUUGGAACCAAUUCCUAGUGAUGAUUCAAUAUUAAGUAAGACAAGAGAAAAUGACCUAUUGUUUGCAGUGGAAUUUGGAUCAUGCCAUUAUAUAGGAAUUCUGCUGUUCCCACCAAUGCUGCCACAGGAUGAAUGUGUAGGCAACCACUGCCACGUUGUGAUGGAGUUUGGGUUUCUUCCUUUUGUUUGUUGGUUUUGGUUUUUCUUGUGAUUUAUAAUGACAGUUUCUGUUAGGUAGGAGAAUAUAAAUCACCUAUAUGGAAACUGCCUUGCUAUGGAUCCAAACAAAUUCCUUAUUAAAUUACAAGAGUUCUUUGUACAGCCAGUGGACCAAACCCUGAAGGUUAAUUUAAUACUCCAAACAAAAAAAAAUAUGCUUGUUGAACACUUUUAAUGUAUACAUCUAACACAUUUGUAUAACUACAAAUUGUUGUAUGGGAUCCUUUUAAAAAUGUAUAUAUUAUACAAAACCCAAACAAACAAACAGCAACAGUAGCUGUUGAUUGAGCAAACACAACACUGAAUUGUUCCUCAAGCCGUAGGUAGUAGAACUUGUAGUCAUCUACAGGCAUUGUUAAUUUUAUGAAGAAAAGCAAUGAAAUUUGUGACAAGUAUUUCAUUUACAGGAGUUUUUAUAUUCUUGUCUCUGCUUUUAAAGCAAGAAAGUCCUUGCCCUUCUUAAAACUGUUUUUUGUUUCUAAGUAACUUUUUAAUAUGGAUAUUUACUGUAAAUUAUGGUCUUUGGGAGAAAAAGGAAAUGGUUUUUGUUUCUGUUUCAUGAACAGUCAAAGUGUUUUUAUUUAAUGAAACUACCUUCACAUUUUGUAUGCUGUUUUUUCUGGAAAAUCAACUGUAUCAUACCCUGUCAUUAAUUUCCAAAAGUGAACUCUUACCAUCAACAGUGUGAUGUACACACACAUUUAUUUAUCUUUUCUAUUUUUAUUUCAUGUUAAAUACCAUAGACACUAGUCCAUGUAUACACAGAAAUCCUUCUGAGUUCUCUGAGAGAGUCCCAGGGGGAAUCAUGCUAGGAUGCAGAACUGUCAAUGAAAAGGAAGAUUUUAGGUGCUACAGCCUGAGCUCUUGAGAUAAAGAUGUAGCUUUUGCUGAUUUUCCUAGCUCACUGUGAAUUUUGGUACAGCGACAUUUAAUGAUACAAGCCUUAGGACACAUUAGAAACCAAAUUGGGCAGUACAGAGGCUCAAUUUCUCCCAUUUCUUUGUUUUAGUGGGGAAGAGACCUGUUGCAUCCAGCCACCUCCCACUGAAAUUGUCUUGCUCAGCAUCUCCCAUGUAUUCCAUCACGCUACUAGUGCCUAUCUGCAGAGAUAGGUAUGUAAAUGCCUUUAAACAUCAGCUUUUGUAUUUUCCUCUUCCUUUAAGCGUAUGUGAUGCAAAUGUUGAAGGAUUCUGAUUUGUAUAUUGGACACAACAGUGAACUGAAGUAAUCAGGAAACGUUUAGAUUGGAUAUUAAGGGGAAAUAUCAAUACCCAUAAAACUGGGAUAAGAAAAGUUUUCAAAAACAGUUCAAAAAUACCUAUCAGGGAUGAUAUAAGGGUAUUUAAACUUGCCUCAGAGAAAAAGUACGGACUAGGCUCUCAGUCUUGUUCUGUAAUGUUCCUAGUAGGGCAUGCUAAGGUUUGGAGGAUGUGAUCUGUGCACAGCUGUAGGGGUAAGAAUGUUCUAUCCUUCAAUUAGCUAUUAGAAGCAAUAUUUAAUGUUUAAAUGUACAAUUUAUGAGCAUAAUAGAAUAAGCUGUCAGUGUGAAGAACUGUCUUUCUUUACUGAAGUAAAUUAGAGUUCAAGCACAGAAGACAGGGUCUUAUAAAGGAUAACAAAAUAGAAUCAGGUCUGUAAAUCUUUUUUUCAAUUCCUGAUUUAGAUAUGUAGCAAUGGAUUUCUAAGCAGCUUGCCUAUUCAAAUUCUUCAAAACCAGACUUUUGUUUCUUCCAGAUGGAUUUUUCCAAAACUUAGAAAUAUUAAAACAUUUCACUACCUGAAAUAAAAUUCCAAUCAUUUAAUUCAAGUUUUUACUAAUCUGCUUAUUGAGGGAAAGAAAAGAAGUAUUUCCAUGAACAGAUUCUCAAAUUGUUUGAACAAGAUGUAGUAAUGUUUUGUUGGUAUUGUUGCAAAAUUAAGUGAAAUGAAAAUACAGAGAUAAAUACAAUUUGUAAAGAUUCCCACAUUAUAGCCACUAUAUAGUUGUGAGGGGAGAUAUGUGUGUGCAUAUAAUUAUAAUUCAAAUUCUGGUAAGUUGCCACAGAAUUUUUUUCUUACAUAAAUAUGCUCCUUUCUGUAAAUGCAAAUAGAAGGGCAGAAACACAUGUAUGGUACUAUAAAACUAGACUUGUUCCUCAGUAAUAAUGGAUUUUUGCAUUCAAGAAUUACGGUUGGCCUCUUCUUCAUGCAUUAGACCCAUAACCAAGCACACAACUCAGUUUCUGACUUCCAAAAUGUUACCUGCUCAUAGAAGGAGGUUUUUUUGUUAUUUUUUAAAGUAAUAUCAUUCCUCAGGGUAAAGGGUGGAUAGAUAGUCUUCCUAGGCUGAUAAAUUGCCAUUGCAAUUUUGCAAGGCUGUUAAAUAUUUGUAUGUCUUACAUGGAGAAAGUUGAUCUUAUCCUGCCAUUGUUCCAUGUUCAAGUCUUGAGUUUUAUGGCAUUUGGACUUGUGAAUUAAAAUCUCUACAUAGGUAUAGGGGCCAAAAUAAGCAUCUUUUAUAUACAUUUAGUUAUUGCAAUUUGAUUGCAAAACAUUAGCAUCAGAUGUCUAUAAAGAAUAGAAAGUUGUUUAUUCUAUUUGCAGUAAUGUAAAAGGCAACCAGUAGGAUUUUAUUAUAAUACUGUGCCAUGAGAAAUUCUUAAACUGUGAGUUAAAUCCUUUGCACUGAUCCCUACAAUCAGAGAUCAAAUUCUUCUUAAAGAGCUCCUUUAUUUCAUUUUGUCUUUAAGAAAUGUAUACAUAUAUAUAAACGAAUACACACAGCCAUUGUUGAGCAUCUGUGCUUUUGUAGAUAACCUCAUAUGUAAGAAAUGAGCAAGAACUAACUUGGACAGCUUUCUUGAAUUGUUUUUGAAUUUGAUUUUGUUAAUAAAGUUCAUGAUAUUAACAGACAUCAA